AUGGGCAACGCGAGCUGCAGGGCCUGGGAGUCGGCCUCCGCGGUGCCCAUCUCCCAUUCCAUACGCCAGAGCCAGCCGCAGCCGGAAGCAGGCCCGGAACCACGGUUUAGGUACUUACGCACCGGCACCGGCACAGAGGUACCGUACUACGACGCAUCACGUGGCGGCGCUCCGCGCAUCCACCAGAAAUACCGCCUCGGCCAGGAGCUCGGCCGCGGCGGGUCCGGCGCCAUGAUGCGCGUGGCCUUCAGCCGGCGCGCCGGCGCGAGGCGGAAGCUGGCGUGCAAGACCAUCCCCCGCACGCCCGAUGUGAAUUUCUUGGAGGCAGAGAUGGUCAUCAUGGCCUCGUUGCCGUGCCACCCGUUUCUAGUGCGGCUGCACGAGGUUUACCUUGACGACAUAGAGGUGCACCUAGUGAUGGAGCUGUGCGACGGCGGGUCUCUAUCCGACUGGAUCUCGGGGUCGAACUUGGAGGCAGAAGUGGCGAUGGAGGCAUGGGCGGUGGCGGAGGCGGUGCGGGCGUUGCACAAGGCGGGGGUGAUGCAUCGGGACCUCAAACCGGACAACAUGAUGUUCGGCCAGGAUGGGUUGCUCAAGGUUAUCGACUUCGGUCUGUCUGUCUUCUUCCGCCGCCUACCUAGCUCCGGUUCGUCCACCUUAAUCUAUCUCCAUUACCAUUUCCACCAUCAGAGAGGGAUUUUUCUUAAUCACUACGGAAACCCAAUCGAUCAUGAGGCGGCCGUGUUCACGGGCAUCGUUGGCACGCUGCCGUACACGGCGCCAGAAGUGUUGGCGGGGAAGAGGUAUGGGCUGGCGGCGGACGUCUGGAGCGCGGGGGUCAUCAUCUACGAGAUGCUCUGCAACUACCGUCCCUUCGAAGCUGACACCGAAGACGGGCUGAGGCAGGCGAUCCUGAGCGGCGCUGUGGACGUGCGGAGGCAUCCGUGGCAGCGCAUCUCCAACCAAGCCAAGAGCCUCGUCCUGGGGAUGCUGGAGAUCGACCCCAGUAAACGCUUCACCGCCGAGGAAGUGCUCGGUACGUUACGUCUCGAGAAAAGGACAAUGAUAUCGCCUUUUAUUAUUUGGUCUAUACGGCUGCAGCAGUUCUCCACCAUGAACAAGUUCAAGAAGAAGGCCAUGCGAGUGAUUGCGGCCGACGCGCUCGCCGACGAGUCCGGGCACACCGACGACGCCGCACUCAACAACGUACUCGGCUGGCCGGAUAAGUUUCGAGGAGUUCGUCACGAUGAUGAAAGCCGGGACGGACUGGAGAAGGCGUCGCGGCAGUACUCGACAUGCGCCAAAACUGGUUGA